AUGCCAUUCGACUUUAAAGCAUACGACCAAAAAUGCCAGGGCCUUACACUGGAGGAGUUGCAGAGGGAGUGGGAGCACUAUACACGAUUGAUUUCUGGCGCUGCCACCUCCACUGCAAUUUCUGGCUGUGCAAUCCCGUUAACCCUUGGAGUUUCUACUAUCGGCGUUGCAAUGGCAGCACCAGCCAUUCACAACGCUCGCAAGAAGCGAGAGAUUAUCGAAAGACACCUCAAUAGGCUCAACGCAACGCAUCAAACCCGAAAGCGAGAUGUUCUGGGCAGCAUGGCUGUUAGUGGAACCAUCGGCGUGGUGACACUUGGUGUUGGCACGAUGGGUGCUGACGCUGUCGCAACAGCUGGCGCAGAGCAUGGGAUUCAAGCUAUCGUCGCCAACGAAACAGCUAUUAAAAUUGUUUCUCAUGCCGCUCUUGAUGGAGCUGGAAUGGCAGUUGAACAUGCACAUACUGACCAUUUGAAGAAGAAAGAUGCGAGAAAGGCAUUCCAGAAGGCAGGUGUGUUCCAGGCUGUACAAGAUGCCAAAGCCGCCGAGGCUGGGUAUUCUAUUCAGCCUUACCAGAGCAAUGGACAACAUUCUGUCUAUGCAGCGGCUGGUCCGUCGCAAUCAUUGCCGCUCCCUCCUCCCCCAUAUAGCGCCGCUGUCAGCCAAGCAUCUCCUCACCCUGUGUACAAUCCAAUCCCGAACGGCUAUCUUCAAGACUUCAAGGAUCCGCUGUUAUCUCAACCAAUACCCCAGCAGAACAUAUAUCUAGUACCGAACAUGACUGGACAACAGCCAUUGCAGCAUCCGUAUGACUACUCACAGCAUCAAAAUAUGCCAAUACCUGGUGUACAAUCGCCGAUACCUCCGGUUAACAGUCAAAUGUUCUCACCGCCUCAAACCCCAGCCAUACAACAACAACCCCAUCAUCAUGUCACAUACCAGCAACAGUCAGGAAAUGCCCCUUACAUUCCUUCCUCACUUCAAACAUUUGACUUGUCGUCAAUACAACAAGCUCUCCCCAUGAAUGUGGCUUCCCCUACACCCUAUGCACCACCACUUCAACAAUAUCCUGCCUCAUCACCUCGACAAGACAACUCACAGAACUAUCAAGUGCAGUCUCCCCAGCAGCACUUUUCACCCCAAAUUGCUGGAGCGUCACAAGCUGGAUACUUCCCGCCCCCACUAGCGACUCCAUCGGGGUACCCUCCAGCAAUCGCAAUUUCCCAUCAAUCAACUACUCCUGCCCACCCGCCUCAGCAUCAGGGACAACCAGGCUACCCGAUGCCUCACCAAAGCAAUGCGUAUCAUCAAUCUCAAGCUCAGCCAACCGUUGAAAUCAAUAGGAGGGAAUCAGUUCUAAGCAUUCAAGCGCCUUUCACCACGCAGCCAUACAAUCCGCAGAACUAUGGACCCAUCAGUCAACAGGAGAAGACUAACAGCAACCCGGUUCCAUCUGGCAGUAAUGCAUAUGUCCCAGCUCCGCAACCCAACCCUGCCUCGAUGUCUCAUCAAAUACUACCAACUCCUCUUCCCACAGGCUCAAGCGUGUUACAGUAUCAAUACGAUAAUAAAGGUUCUUACUUUCCUACUCAACCUCAGACGCCUCAAGGAACUGGUCACCCAUUGGUACCGUCACAUGUAUAA